AUGUCCAGCUGCCUCUCAGACCUGAUUAAGUACCAAAGGCUAUUUCAAAUGAUCUUCGUUUUGGGAAUUGGUGGAUCCCUGCAAGUUGGCCUUCAAAUUUCUAUGAUCACUUACACUUCUAUGCAUGUUAAAAAGUUUAUCAAUGAAACCUGGCAAGAGCGAUAUGGCUCUCCUCUUCAUCAUGAGACCCUUAUGUUGCUGUGGUCCUUCACUGUGUCUAUCUUUGGUAUAGGGGGACUCUUGGGGUCUAUGGGCAGUGGAUACCUGACUAGAAAAUAUGGCAAAAAGAAAUGUCUAGUGUGCCACAAUCUGCUCAUGCUAGCAGCUGCAUUUGUCAUGGGCUUCAGUAAGACAGCCAAGUCCUUUGAAAUGAUUCUGAUUGGACGCUUCCUAUGCGGCAUCAGUGCAGUAAAUGCAUCACACAGUGGAAAUGGAACACUGGCCACCUGGUCGUCUUUGCGGUUGUCUCACUGCAUUCUGGUGAAAACAUCAGUGAACAAAUUUAAUGGGUUUAUCUGUUUGUUGCCUAAUAAUUUUGAGAGUUUUUCCUUUACAGCUUUGAAGCAGCUUUGGGGUGAAGGGAAUCAUCAAGGAGCAAUUGAUGAUAUGGUGAAGGAGCAGGCUACAACGAAAAAAAUGAAACCCAUGAAUGUCCUGGAACUCCUAAAAGAUCGAUCCUUGCGAUGUCAGUUGUGUUUAUUGAUCAUCAUUAGUGUUACCAUACAGCUUAGUGGUAUCAAUGCAAUCUAUUUCUACGCCUUUGACGUGUUCCGUACAGCCGGAUUUACUCAAGAUCGUAUCCCCUACAUAUCUCUGGGAGCUGGGACCUGUGAGUUCUGCGCCGCCAUAAUGUGUAGCCUCAUCAUUGAUAAGUUUGGCAGAAGGAUGCUGCUGUUGUGGGGAUAUGGACUGAUGGCUUUGAUGCUCAUGCUCCUCACAACAACUCUCUCCCUACAGCAUCAGUUCUUCUGGAUGCCCUACUGCAGUGUUGCUCUGAUUUUCCUGUUCAUUGUCAUCUUUGCAACUGGACCAGCUGGAGCUUCAUUCCCAGUCAUGAUUGAACUCUUCACCCAGUCAUCCAGAUCAUCCGCAUUAGUGAUCUGCAUGUCUCUACACUGGGUAGGACUCUAUGUGAUCGGGAUGAUUUUCCCAUACGUAGUGAAAAGCCUCGGUACCUUCUGCUUCCUCAUUUUUAUGGGCUUCAUUUCGAUCUCAUGGAUUCUCAUCUACAGGUUCCUUCCAGAAACAAAAGGCAAAUCAGUCAUGGAAAUCAAAGAGGGAUUCAAGCAUUUAAAUUUCAGGAAGAAAUUUCAGGCCAUGGGAGAGAAUCCCUCUGACAAAUAUACCUCAUGUACCAAGUUGUGAUUGGACAGAAGAGGAGUAAUUUCUUAAAGGGACAGAAAAUGGUGUCACACACAGGCAAUUAUAAAAAAAAGAAUGUUAGCUUUAAUAUUUUACUCCUAUUAUUCUGUAUUCCAUAUUCAUUUCUUCGUGCAAACAGACUUCAUAGAAGAUCACCCCAUUUGAUUCUAUAACACGAGUGUCUUUCAGUAUCUAAUGGACACCAUCACGAGUUACAUAGUAAUGUGCAUUUCAUGUUAAGAUUCCAGUUUACAAAAAACAAGUCAAAUGUGUACUUGCAUACUUUUAAAGUCACCCAAACCUUAAUUCUGCCCAUGUAAUACCAUUGUAAGGACACUAAGACAAUUUGGCUUUGCAAUAUAUACACAUAUUAUAGAUAAUAAAUAAGACAGUUUAUAUGCCUUAAUUUGUUACCCUGUUGGUCACUUUGACUGUGCUGUCCUAUGGCUCAGUAACCAUGUCGAUGGAGCACACUUUCAUCCAAAAUGGGUAACUCAUAGACAACACUGAAUUUGAGAGUCAACUGAUGUUAAAACCAACAGAAUAUCACUUACGUUUGUAUUCCUGAAGUAUCAUCAUUUUUCCUAUCCUACAAUUCAGGUUGGGCUGGGUCAGACACAACUGUUUGCUUCUGCGCUUAAUCCAACCCUUCUAAACCUUGUCCAGUCACUGACAAUGAGGGCUGGUCAGGAGUUUACUGACAAUGUUUUUUUGACAGAAAAUACCCAUUUGCAGAGAAGCUUUAUAAGGUCCAGGAUGAGAUUUCCACAGUGAUUUGAACCUGGGUCUCCAACAUGCCAGGAGAAUGCCCUAAUCAAUGGGCUAUAUCAAGAAUUCAAACCUGGGUGUUCUAUAUCCCAGAUGAAUGUUCUAAUCACUGAGCUAUAG